AUGCACAUGGUUAGAUGCUAUGGUACAGGCAAACAUGCUCUUAUCACAUGGUUGCCAUUCAUUUUCUUGAAUUCACAUGCAUCACCAAUAACAUACAACGUGUUAAAUUUUGGAGCAAAAUCAGAUGGCAAAAGUGAUGCAACUCAACCUUUUCUGAAAGCUUGGGUAGCCGCGUGCACCUCAGUGAAGGCGGCUACCAUUUAUGUUCCACGUGGAAAGUACUUGAUUAAGUCGAUUACUUUUAGGGGGCCAUGCAAAAAUAAAAUUACUGUGAAAAUUGAUGGAACCCUAGUGGCUCCAUCUGAUUAUAAUGCACUUGGCAACUCUGGCUACUGGAUUUUGUUCAUUAAGGUUAACCGGAUUUCGGUCAUCGGAGGAACUCUUGAUGGAAAUGGAGCUGGAUUUUGGGAUUGUAGGAAGUUAGGGAAGAAUUGUCCUGUUGGAGCUAGGUCUAUAACCUUCAACUGGGCAAAUGAUGUUGUGGUUAGUGGUUUAACAUCACUCAACAGCCAGUUAAUGCAUUUGGUGAUUAAUAGUUGCAAGAAUGUUAUGGUUAAAAAUGUAAGAAUAAUAGCACCUGAUUUUAGUCCAAAUACUGAUGGAAUUCAUAUACAAUCUUCAAUUGGUGUUAUUAUUAGUGGCACAAGUAUUCAAACUGGAGAUGAUUGUAUAUCUAUUGGUCCUGCCACAAGAAAUCUUUGGAUGAACAAUAUUCAAUGUGGCCCUGGACAUGGUGUUAGCAUUGGAAGUCUAGCUAGAAAUUAUAAUGAAGAUGGUGUGCAAAAUGUGACAUUAAUUAAUUCAGUGUUUACUGGAUCUGAUAAUGGAUUAAGGAUAAAGUCUUGGGCAAGAGCCAGCACCGGUUUUGUCACAAAUAUUAAUUAUCAAAAUAUUAUGAUGAAGAAUGUUGACAAUCCAAUCAUUAUUGAUCAAAAUUACUGCCCAAACAACCAAGGCUGUCCUAGCCAGGCUUCAGGCAUAAAGAUCAAUCAAGUGACAUACCAAAAUAUAUUUGGAACAUCAACAACACAAGUAGCAAUGAAUUUUGAAUGCAGUCCAAGCAAUCCAUGUAGUGAAAUCAAAAUACAAGACAUAAAACUUACUUAUUUGAAUAACAAAAAAGCUCAAUCUAUUUGCAAGAAUAUUAAAGGAAAUACUGAAGGAGUUAUUUUGCCUGAUAAUUGUUUAUUGUAA